AUGGCUGUUGGUAUAACAGGAAAUUCACUCAACAUUGCUGUACUUACAAGACCUUCUCUGUAUAAUCACGCUUGUUCUCGUUAUUUUCUGGCUCUUGCUUGUAACAAUUUGUUCUAUACAAGUGCAAUUCUCUCUUAUCUUCUUCUGGCAAAUGGAUACCAACUCGAUGUAACUAAAGUUUCUCUUAUUUCGUGCAAACUUGUUACAUAUGUCUAUCAAGUAUGUGCAACAUCGUCUCCAUUUUUUAUUGUUCUUGCCUCGAUCGAUCGAUGUUAUGCCAGUUCAACGAGUGCUCGCGUUCGCAAAUUCAGUGCAGUUCGUUCAUUUUCAUUAGUACGUUUAGGUUAUGCACAAUUUGCACUUCGAAUAUGUGGUACAUUAGCAACAAUUCCAUUUGUUAUUAUAUGUGAAAUAACUGCAGUGCUUUGGUGUUUAUUUAAUGACAAAGGAAAAUUUUAUAUCGUUGAUAAACAAUUAGGAUCAAUGUGUAUGAUGAUUGAAAUAGUUCCGUGGAUUUCAUGGUUUUGUGGUCUUCGUGGUAAUGAAUUCUUUUGUGAAACGGGUCUUAAUGAACAGGUAUCUCAUUAUCGUCAAGCACUUGAUAUGAUUCUUGAUCUUGAACCAGAUGAUGAUCUUGAUAAUCAAGAUAAUCCUAAUUAA